UCAUUGAAGAAAAAAGGUUCAGAGCACUGUCUAGUGGGUCUAGAUGACCCAAAUCCAAUGGUAAAGUGCCUAGGAUAGAACAAGGGUUAUCCGUCACGCCAUUAAAGUCAGACGCAGGUGACGUUGGCGUCCGGUUGUUAGCAUCCACUCUGACGUCUUCACCUUCAUCACAAAGUCUGAGUUUAAAGCAGCAAACAGAUUCAAUCGAAUCAAGUUGAAACUUGUAAAAAUGAUAUUUAGGAACAAAUGAAGAUGGUUGGACUUUAACUUAACUUUAUGUAAAAGCAAAAUAUGAAAAAUCGUUUUUCCCUGAACGAUGAUCUGAGUUGAGUUUUCAGUGUAAUAAUGGGAUUCUAUGGGAAAAAACUGCAAAGAGGCUUUUAUGGAAUUAUUCACAAAACCUACAAAUCCUCGAUUCUUUUUAAACUAAACUUCUUUUAGGAGCAUUUUAACUUGAAAAAUAGUUUUUUCCAAAACCAGAAGCUUUAAAAUCUUGAAGGUAAACUUCAGCCUCGUUCAGAUCGGUCCGUGAAAGUAAAGUCUGACAUGAAAGCGGCCCGCGGCCGGGCAAAGGUACAGAGCAAUGCUGAGGAGCCUUGUUUUUUCUGAAUCUGUAGAAAGGUGGACGCUCAUUUCCUGUUCUUAGCCCAAACGCAUGUUUCUCUGUAGAUUUUCUUUGCACGCUCGCCGGUAAAUCAGCCUGAAGCGCCCAGGAUUGGCUGAAGACCUGCAGGAGUGAUCUGUGGGACUCACGCUGGGUUUGUGCUGCUCUUUCAGCUGCAGACAGGUGUGAGCUGCAGGUGAGUGGCCGGGCGGCCUGGCUGCCCCCCCGCCUCCAGAUGAAUGAAGAGCACUCCGGGACACAGAGACUCAGCUGAUACAGGGCAUGCAGGGGUUUCUGCAAAUAUGAUGAAGAAAAAGAAUCCACACAAAAAGCAUAAGAGCAGUCUAGGCCCGGCCACCAAAGUUCUGUCUCAGCCUCGGCGCGACAUCGUCGGCUGCAGGAUCCAGCACAUCUGGAAGGAAGGAGCAGGACAUGUGGUGUGGAAAGGAACUGUCCUUGACCAGGUGCCAGUAAACCCGUCCCUCUACCUGAUCAAGUACGAUGGGUUUGACUGUGUUUAUGGUCUGGAGCUUCAUAAAGACGAGAGGGUUCAGGGCCUGGAAGUGCUCCCCGACAGAUUGGCUAAAUCUCGCCUGACGGACGUGAACCUGGCAGACGCCAUGAUCGGUAAAGCGGUGGAGCACAUGUUUGAGACGGAGGAGGGUCCCAAGGAGGAGUGGAGGGGGAUGGUGCUGGCCCGCGCUCCCAUCAUGACCACCUGGUUCUACAUAACGUAUGAGAAAGACCCCGUCCUGUACAUGUACCAGCUGCUGGACGACUACAAAGAAGGAGAUCUCCGGAUUAUGCCCGACUCCAAUGACAGUGUUUCGGCUGAGCGGGAGCCCGGCGAGGUGGUGGACAGCCUGGUGGGUAAGCAGGUGGAGUAUGCCAAAGAGGACGGCGGCAAAAGAACAGGCAUGGUCAUCCACCAGGUGGAGGCCAAGCCGUCCGUCUACUUCAUCAAGUUCGACGACGACUUCCUCAUUUACGUGUACGACCUGGUCAAAACUUCCUAAAGACUCUGCAGACGUCCCGAUGCCCUCCCACUCGCCAGACGCUAAAUGCAGCCCAUCGGAACGCUUUUAACCAAGACGAUGGAAACGUGAUUGGCCGUUCCUAAGAAUCCAAGUAAUGAGCUUCAAUUCACCGAGAACAAAUGCUAAAUUCGGCUAAAUUGAUUGCAGCAAGUUGUAAACGUUUCCACGUAAAGCAAAAGGCUGAAUUUGAAAACAAAACUUUUAUUUAGGAGGAUUUAGAAUCCGAUGUUCUAACAGAAAUAGAGGAUCUUAAAGCGUUGUUAAAUUAAACUACAGAGUCGGCAUGUCCGUUCCAAACACUACACCUGAGCAGAGGAAGUGUGGUUCCUCUGUCCCAUUUCUGCAGUUCUCUUCACGUUUUGCCAUUUUGUCUCGAACCUCCUCAUGCGAGCAGCUCUGCAGGGACGACAUGCAGACGGAGAGCGUGACGACAGAAGGAAGGCGCUUUUAGACAAAGUGGUAUUGUUGGGUAGGAAGAACAUGAAGGAUGGUUGGUGGUUUCAGUCAUGAAGGAGCCGUCCCGACGCCCUUUUCUACCACUGACAGGAACCGAUCCACAGCACAGGCUGAGAAACUGGUAAAAAAAAAACACACACUUCUGUGACGACAGUAUUAGUAAGCCCAUGAAAAUGUCAGCUGGGUGUAAAAAAACCAUCAUUUCUUUGAACAAAUCUAGAAUAAUUCCACGUCUCUGCCAUUAGAGAGCAGGUUCAAAACAAACAGUGCGUCAUCUUUUUGGCUUAAACAUAGGUUUCUUCAUCAUGAUGAAGAACUAAGCUGUUCAGCACGGGUUGGACUCUGGGAUUGCGCGUGGAGUCCGCAGACGUGCUCAGAGCUGCAUGCAGGCCCCGUGCCGGUGGGACGGAUGAAACGUUGGUGCUGACCAAACCCACAGACGGUUCCACGGCGUUGGCGGAAGUCCUCCGACUCCUCCGGUUAAAAGCUGUGACUCCAGAGUUUUUGUUGUUGCCAAACUCCUUUCUGUGGUGAAACUGUUAGAUGUUGACGAUGGCGGGACUGGUUUUUUAUGUUAUUUCACUAAAGCCUUUGAAUUUGCUCGUGCUGUCUUUUGUAAGUCGUUGGUGAAGUAACAGGGGGAGAGAAAGACGGACUUGACUGAAGCGGAUUUCAGUUUCAAACCCGAGAACAAAGCUGUGAUGUGGUGUGGAGCCGCACACACCCGCUCUGGAUUUUUAAAGGAACGAGAGGCGGACGGCAAAGAUCUGGGAGCACGUCGGACUGUGGAUGAUGGACACUGGGGCAGUCGGGACUCUUGACUCUCAAAGGCUUCAUGGAGACGGCCGGCGCUGCAGGACAGGAUUCGGUUCCAUUUCUUAUCCCUGCAGCGAAGGUUUCCCUCUUUGUGUUUACGCUCGAACCAAAAGCGCGGGUCUCCUUGAGAGGUAAACUCCGUUUCUGCUUGGAAACACAGUGUCCGGUAUUUGCAGAUGAUUCUUUCUGUUCCACAGCAUGUAUGCAGUAAGAGAGGACUUGGUUGUGUUUAAUAUAAGUGUAUAAGAGAUUAACAGCCAGCAACGGUUCAAAUCGCCUUUCUCACAAAUGUGUUUUUCGUUUUUAUCUGGACUUAUUCUAGACUGAAGGUUUCACAAACUCCUGUUCUGUGUCCAGCUAUGGUUCCUGGUGGAUUUUCCCUUUUCCUCUAAAAACCCAAACUCCUACUCCGGCUGACAGGUUCUGGUUGAAUUGGGUUAGAAUUCCUCCAAACAAAAGUCACGUCACGGACCCGGCGCCUUGGUCUGCACACAGCAAGAGUUGUGUAUCCAAACCUUCAGCGUGUGUACGUCCUGUGAUGUAGUUAGUUGCUGAGGCAGAUUCUUGUUGAUAUUGUUCUUAAAAAAAAAGGGGGACCCUGAGGUUCUCCAAAGUUGUGUAUCUUUUUGGUUAACAGAGUACAAUUGUGGUCAUUUCAACAGGAAUUCUUUCUAUUAGAAAAAAAUAAUGUGUUACUACUAAGGCUUCACUCAUAGCCGGGAUCAUUGAAGUCAUUUUGCUAUCAAAGUGAUCACACAUUAUUGUGGUUACUGUCACAACUCUGGCCUUUCAUCAUCCUUCUGCCUUGUAUUGUUUGUUUUUGUAUGUUUAAAAAUGUAUGUUAAUAAUUUUUAUUGUUAAUGGAAAACUACACAUUU